CGCGACCCCAAAGCAACGUUACAGUUAAUAUAAUGAUGUUGCACUCCACCGACGUCAAAGUGAAACUGAAACGCUUUUCACCCGCGCGACUCAAGCCACACCCCCAAGAGAAGAACAGAGAGCCGAGAAGAGGUGAAGGGGGGAACAGUGAAGUGUCUGGUCUGCUGAGGUUGGUUGAAGAUAACAGAGAUGGACAGCAAUCCAAUGAACAGUGACACCACAAGUCUGACCACAGAAGGACGGCUGAAAGAGGAAGUCAUGAGUGCUCCAGAGGAAGAAAUACCUGAGCUGAUGGAAACUGAAUCAGAGGAAGGGCAUUUUGAUUCGUCUCCACAGUGUCAUGAUAGGCAGACGAUGGAGGGAAGAGGAGAGGAACAACAAGAUGAAGUACCCAUGGGCGUUGAUGUGAACACAGAUCAAGGUGGACAUAGUGGAUCUGGUGUCUCGACUGUGGAUCAUAGUGCAGAUGUCAAUGCCACUCUGAUGACUCCACAACCACCAGGAGAUGGAGAGACGGCAUCAUGCCAGGACGACCAAGGAGGUGACAUUCCAAACAGCACGAAAGAUUUUGCCCUUCUGCAAGGUCAUCAGUUGGACAACUGGACUUCAGGAGCAGAGCAGCCUGGCACAGAACACGGACAGAAGAACGAGCCAGAAGCAGAAACACACGCUGAAGAGAGAACAGAAGGCUAUGACAGUGGAGAGACAGAAGAGAAACAUGAAGAUAGUGGAGCUGCAGAGGUGGACGUGAACACUGGAGCAAGAGAUUUAAAUGAACCAGCAGGUUGGUCACUGACAUCUACCUGCAUCCACGAGAGAGAAGACUGCAGGACGGAGGAUGCCAGUGCAGAAAACAGAGGCAGGACUGUGGUGUUGGGAGAAGCUGGUCUGGUGAAGGCCGAUGGCGAUGAGAAGUGUGAGACAGCACUCCAGAUCACCCACAGUGAAGCUGUAGAGGCAAGCAUGUCUACAAAGCUCGAUCCGUCAGGCGAAGUGGGAAACACCGGUGAGAAGAUCUCAGAAGAGAAUGAAGGAGGGGUGUUGCAUGAGAAAGAGGUUCCCACCACGAUAGACAGCAGGACUGAAGAGAUGAAGACUCCAGUGACACGUAUCGAUGAAAAGGAUCAUGAGGCAGAGAUGAAAUUACAAGAGAGCAGUGGGACACCGACCAGAUCCCAGUCAUCUGUGACCACACAUCAUCCAAUUUCCCUCCUAACCCAACAACCAUUCGGACACAAGGCUCUCCUGGAGGAGGAACCUGCAGGUGACAGCAGUAUUGUGGCCCAGGCUGGGAGUGUUGUCACCAGUUUGACCAAUCACGAGUUUGCUUCUGUGGAAGGGAGAGAUGAGAAUGUUCAGAGGAAUGCACCACACGAUGCGAUCAAGACACAGAGCGAUGAAAUGAGGGAAACAGCUGUGAAAGUCAAUGAAGCUGAAGAGACACUGAUGCAAACUAGGGGACAGAGAACUGAGGAGAAAGACCAAGCAGAACCCACAUUCAUGAUUCCAGGACUCUCCCCGCAGCAGGAGAAGGAGCAGCAUGAUGAGACUUCACUGCUGGGAGGAGGAAGAAAGAAAAAGAAACAUCCACGUGACUCAUACGAAGCAGAGGGAGAGAAGAGAAGGAUUUUAGCUGCUGAGCCACAAACACACUAUGGUCUGAGGAACCAAGGAGCCACAUGUUAUCUGAACAGUGUCCUCCAGCUCCUUGUGAUGACACCCGAACUCAGACCAAGGCUGGAUUCUGAGAGAGAGUUUGACCAAGAGCUCCAAAAACUCUUUGAGAACCUUGAGCACAGGGUAUGUGAGACAAGGAACAUCACCAGGCUUUUGAGAAUUCAAAGUGUGUUUCAGCAGCGUGAUGCGGCUGAAUGCCUGGACGAUAUUUUCCAACGACUGAGCCCACAAGCCUCUGAGCUCUUCAGAGCAACUUGGAGAAACUCGACAAGAUGCCUCAGGCAGCAUGACAUCACCACUGAGGACGUCCAGUGUUGGUCUUUGACUCUCCCACUGAUAUGUGAUGAAAUCGGCGAAUACAAUGUGAAGGAAAGUGUGAGGAUGUUCUUGAAGCCAAAGUCUCUGAGCGCAGACAACAAGGUGUUCUGCCCCACAUGCUGUGAGAAAACAGAAGCGACACAAGUGUGUGAGCUGCUGAAGUUUCCAGUGAACUUGAUAGUGCUUCUAGCCAGAUUUGAGUUUAAUCCUGACUCCUGGUUCUACAUCAAAUCCCAAUGUGAUGUGCUUGUUCCCACUGCAUUGAAGAUGGAGGACUGCGACUACACACUGUGUGGGAUGGUGGAUCACACAGGGGGUCUGCGGGGAGGGCAUUACACCACCACGGCCGGGUCCAGUCAAAACCAGACCUGGUAUCAGUUCAAUGACUCGUGUGUCACAGAGGUUUCAAAUCCUUGUGAGUCAAACGAGAGCAUCAGAUCCAAACAUGCCUACCUUCUAAAGUACAGAGCGACAUCAGCUCCACAGAGCAACAGCAUUCCAAUCACAGUGCCAAAGGUCGACCGCUCCAUUCAGACCAGUGAGGAAGGCCUGUUAAAGAUGAUGGUUCUUCUAGUUGUUUUCAUUGGAUUGCUCCUGGUGUUCAUUUUUUUGUGGCAGUUCCAUGUGCUGUAAAACUUGUCUUUAACAAAUGCAUGAUUUGGAAAAUUUGGAAGUGAGUGUUUUUCCCGUGUGAUAUAUUGAGAAGGACUCUUCUUUUAUUCUUACAAAAAAAUGGUUGCAUCAAUAUUUGCCAACUCAGCGGGUAAAUGAACGGUCCAGGCAAAAUUCAGACUGUGAUUGAAACAGUCAUGGUUGUUGGUUAUUAUAAUCUAAUAAUAUAAUAAUAUAAUGAUCAUCAGAUGCAUAUAUCAGAAUCACUUCUCAAAUUGUGUUUGACGUCUGACUCUUUUACAAAUUAAGCUUCGAAGUAUUUCAAAGUAUUCAUUUCUUUACUGUCGACGACUAGUAAAUAAAUGUUGAAUAGAAGUGUAAUUGUUUGUUCCAUAUACCCUUAGCUAGGUACCAUGUGUCUGUGAUUCCUGCCAAAACACCUCCCCAGUGCACAGGACAGUGGUCUCAUCCAAGUCUCGUGGCCAGAGUUGUGAGUUGUGUUUUAGUGGGAGCAGUUAUACACAGGCAGAGUGGUGAUUUGUGUGAGUAGACGGUUCAACGCUGUACAACGCUAGCAACCUCUUCAAACACCUGAGGUGCAAACAUCCCAAGGCUUGUGCCAAAACUGAGAGAAGGAAUGAGCCAGAGAAGUCUGCUGCAACUGCACCAUCACAGCGAAGAACUUUGCUGGAGAGUUUCAAGAAGAGCCAUGUCUAUACAGUCAAUGUGUCUAUCACUGGAUACGUGAAUCAAAGUUAGGUUUCAAAUAUGUUGCCUUAUGUUAUUCAUAUUUAUGCUAAUUCUCUGUUUAAACAUUCCUAUUUUGA